AUGCUAAGGCUUGUGGUGGAGUCGGCCAAGAUUAGUCCACCGCUCAGCCCCCCACCCAAACCCUGUGUGACUGUCUACUUCAGAGCUAUGAAAAAAAGAACCCGUGUGGAGGAAGGAAACGACCCCAUAUGGAAUGAGACCUUAAUCUGGUACCUCUGGAAUCAACCACUGGAAAAUGACUCCUUCUUGCAGCUCAUCCUUCGGGAUGCAGGCUCUAAAAAGAAAGAAAGGUUCAUUGGCCUGGCCACUGUACUGCUCAAGCAGCUGGUGAAACGACCCAAUGAAGUCCUUUUUGUGAAGAACCUGAUCCUGCUCAACCAUUCCAUGAGGCCCACUGAUUGUACUGUCACCCUACAGGUGGCCCAAAUACAUGUCCAGGAUACUGAGAUGACAGAUGAUGAAGAACUCCUGAGCUCAGCGGCAAAUAAGAUGACCCAGCAGAAACUAACGGUCCCCGGUCUCACCAUGCACAGGGCUCUGGCUACCAAGCCACAGCACUUUCAGGUUCGGCUGAAGGUGUUUGAAGCCCGUCAGCUCCUGGGCAACAACAUCAAGCCAGUAGUGAAGAUAAACAUUGGAGGCCACCGGCAUCUCACGCGGAUCAAGAUGGGGAACAAUCCUUUCUUCAAUGAGAUGUUCUUCCAGAAUUUUCAUGAGGUUCCCGCAAAGUUCUUUGAGGAGAAUAUCUUAAUCCGGGUGGUGGACUCUGCAGCAUCGAGAUCCAAAGCAGAGAUUGGGAGAUUCCAAACUGACAUUGGGUUUAUCUACCAUUCUCCAGGUCACACACUCCAAAGGAAAUGGUUAGGCCUCUGCCAGCGAAAUAAGACCACCAGCGGUGUGCGAGGCUACCUGAAAGUCACCAUCAAUGCCCUCGGUGUGGGAGAUCAGGCACUGGUAGAUCAAAAGCUGCCCUACGACGCUGACACCCAGGUCCAGAUCUUCAAGUCGACAGCAGUCCCAGUCAGCCGGGCGUACUUACAGUUCUUCAUCUACUGUGCAGAGGACCUCCAUUUCAGGAAGCACCACUCAGCCGCUCCUGCCUUGGAGGUGGAACUAAUUGGGGACAAGGUAGGACAUAUCCGCAGAGCCCAGAACGACAGCCCAAUAUGGAACCAAAUCCUCACCUUCCAGAUUCAGCUGCCCUGCCUCUCUACCUAUAUCAAGUUCAGAGUCGUGGACUGCUCCAAACAUGAUUGCUGGGAUGAGAUUGGGUCUGCCAGCUUGUGCCUCAAGAUCUCAUCCACUGGAGAGGAGAUCCAAGGAAUGUAUUCUGGCUUCCUGCCCUGCUUUGGCCCCAGCUUCCUGACUCUCCGUGGGGGUUAAAAAGGCCCGUUUUAGGAUUCCCAGAGGAAGGCACUUGAUCCUUGAUGCGUUAAGGAUGGUUUAACGUAUCAAGGCCGAAUCUUCGUGGAGAUAAUCACCCAGCUGAAGUCUCAGCAAGACUCUGUGAUAAGGGAUCUGUCACGGGAAGUGACCCAGAUUAGAGGUAAUCACAGGAAACAGCAGUAUCGCCAAAAGUAUGGGCUGUGCGAUUUCCUUUCCUGUACUAUGAUGCCUAAAUUCAAGGAUCUGAUCCAGUUCGAGGUCAGCAUGGGCCACUAUGGAAACAAGAUGGAUCCCACCUACAAGCCUCUCGUGUCAACCACACAGCACAGUCCAGUGAUAUAUGACGGGACUAUCUACCAUUAUGUGCCCUGGUACAACACGAAGCCUGUGGUGGCUGUGACCUCCAACUGGGAGGAUGUCAGUUUCCGAAUGAAUUGCCUCAACCUCCUCCACAUCACCCGGGAUCACCUGAAAGCCAACCUGGACACCCUGAAGUCCAUCCGGAAUCCGAAGGAUCCAGCUCUGCUCCAGCAGUGGGAGAAACUGCUGAAGGAGCUGAUGGUGGACUGCCGGCGCCCUCUGCCCUGUAUGACUGAUCAGCCCAUGGCUAACAGCUUGGACAGGAAUAAAUGGCAGCUUCGCAGCCGUCUUCUGCAGCAACUAGCGCAGAGAGCCAAGGAAGCCGAGCCGAGGAACAUGGUGGUCACGGCAGAGGACUGGCUGCGCCGUCUCAAUGCUGUGAUCCCUGAGCCCCAGGAGAGCCUUCCUGAUGUGAUGAUUUGGCUGAUGUCCAGGCAGCAGCGAGUGGCCUAUGCUCGGGUACCUGCCCACACUGUCCUGUUCUCCCCAGCAGGACCCCUGAGCUCUGGCAAGUUCUGUGGGAAGAUUCAGAACCUCCUCUUACAGUACCCAGAAGGUGAAGGACAGGACACACUCCCAGCUCACCUCCGGGUCUGCAUGUGGCUUGGCAAUGUCCUACACAGCAAGAAUCUGAAGCUGCUUCAGCAAGGCAACAUGGUGGUGUAUGCAGAGACGUAUGAGAAUCAGGCCAAGUUCAAAGACCAGUGGGGACAGCAGGGACUGUACCACUGCCCCAACUUCUCAGAUGUCAUGGGACGCAAGGCUGUCCCCAAGACAGAUUUCAAGGCUCCCCCGGGAUGGCGCUGGCAGGGUGACUGGAUAGUGGAGCCCCAGAGGAGACUCCUCCUGGACAUAGACAUCAACAAGAGCCAGGUGCUGGAAGAGGCGUAUGAGAACCAGAUCCGCAAUGCCACAGGCACUUGGGUGCCUGCAGCUAUCCCUACCACAGAUGUGAAUGGACAGCCCGUGGAAGCCCUGGAGAAUGUGAAGUGUCCCCAAGGCUGGCACUUUAAGAAGAACUGGACUGUGGAGCUCAACCAUGCAGUGGACAGCGAAGGCUGGGAGUAUGGAGUGGGAAUCCCACCCUCCGGCCUGCCCCAGAUCUGGAACUCGGUGGAAAAGACUUACCAUUCAUGCCGCCGGCGACGCUGGGUGCGUGUGCGCUUCCGGAAUCACAAGGAGCUGGGCCAGGAGCUGAGCCAGGAGCAGGAGACCCUCUCCUUCCUGCAGAGGCAAGACCUCUCUGAGGAGGGAGAGGGCUGGGAGUAUGGCACCUUUGACUCCAAGUUCCACCUGGACCCACAGCCCGCAAGCCGGUUCCGUCGCCGCUGUUGGCACCGACGACUGGCACCCAAGAAGGAGAGGGGUGUAGCUCCCAUAUUCCUCCUGGAGGGAUCCUUGGCAGUGACGUUGGAAAACGAAGUAAAGAAGGAACAGGAAAAGACAUGGUCAUGGCCACACUGGAGGGACUCGUGGAGGCACAUCCCGGAGGAUCCCAGGAUCCCCACCAUGCCUUUCAUCUACUGCGUCUUCAACAAGCCUCACUACUACCAGCUCUUCUGCUACAUCUACCAGGCCCGGAAUCUGAUGUACAACCAGAUCCUGACCUUUCAGGAGCCUUUCAUUCGGGUGGUCUUCUUGAACCACAGCCUGUGUACCCAGACGCUGCAAAGCUCUGCAGCCCCGACGUGGUCCCAGACGCUCAUCUUCCAGCACCUUCUGCUGUUUGAGAACCCCAAGGACACCAGAGAGAACCCCCCGCUUGUGGUGUUGGAACUGUGGCAGCAUGACUCAAGGGGAAACAAAAUCUUGUGGGGACGGAGCAUGUGUCCCCCGGUGGUUUGGCUGAACCUCCAAGGCUGGGCCGUGUCCCCCCUGAGGUGGCAUCCCCUUGUGAGAGAGUUGGGAGAAGAAGAGGGUGAGAUUUUGGCAUCCUGUGAGCUGAUCCUCGAAACUGAGAAGUUGAAAGACAGACAGCUGCCAAUCCUCAGUGUCUCCUGUAAGAACGGGAUAUAUACACUGCCCAAGAACAUCCAGCCUGCAGUGAAAAUGAUGGCCAUUGAGAUUAUGGCUUGGGGCCUUCGAAACAUGAAGAAUGUGCGUUACCCACAGCUCCUGGUGCAAUGUGGGGAGGCUUGCCUGAGGACAGAACCCAUCAGCAACUUCCAGGAGAAUCCCAACUUCCCUAAGACCAACUUCUUCCUCACAGUGUUCAUGCCUAUGGAAGAGACCCAUGCAUUGCCCCUGGUGGUGAAAGUGGUGGACAACCAGGUCUAUGGCCAGCAGGUUGUGGUGGGUCAAGCCAACAUCGACUUCCUCCAGCCCUACUUCUGUGACCCCUGGGCUCUGAGCUACACUCCUGUAAAGCUCCCAGCCCUGUCUGUGAAGAAGCCUGAUACUGUGAGUAAGGGCCCCAGGCACCUUUUCUCCUCCCGCAGUUCCCAAAUGCCUUCAUCCAAAGGAGAUGCUGCCAGGCAUAAGGCCUAUGGAAACUGCAAGGGGACAGGAGAGCUCCCGCCCCAGCCUCUUCUUCCAGUCUUCUCCAACCUCCUCACUUUUCAGCUCUUCGGCUUCCUCUUCAAGAAGUUCUGGUUUGAUUCCAUCAAAGAUGAGGAUGACUAUGAGCACGAUGUGGACUGGUGGAGCAAGCUGUUCUGGGCCACAGGGGACGCUGACAAGUCUCUGCAGUACAAGUACAAAAGCUACCACACCCUGACGGUGUACGACUGUGAGCUGGAGGCAGUUCAGGCCUUCCAGGGCCUGCAGGACUUCUGCCAGACCUUCAAACUUUACCAGGAGAAGCCCAAGGUGGACAGUCCUGUAGUAGGGGAAUUCAAGGGCCUGUUCCGCAUCUACCCCUUUCCUGAGGACCCAGAUGCCCCUAAACCCCCACGACAGUUCUCAUCUUGGCCUGAGACUGAAGAUUUCCCUCAGACAUGCACGGUCCGGGUAUAUCUGAUACGAGCUAUCAACCUGCAGCCACAGGACUACAAUGGCCUGUGUGACCCUUACGUGAUCCUGAAACUGGGGCAGACUAAACUCGGCAACCGGGACUUAUACUACCCCAACACUCUGGAUCCUAUCUUUGGCACGAUGUAUGAACUCACAUGUGACAUCCCACUGGAGAAGGACCUAGAGAUCCAGCUCUACGACUUUGACCUCAUUACUGCUGAUGAUGAGAUUGGAUCUACAGUGAUCGACCUUGAGAACAGACUUCUGUCUGGCUUUGGAGCCCGUUGUGGGCUCUCUACAUCCUACUGCAAGUCAGGGCCAUUUAGGUGGCGGGAUCAGCUGUCCCCGAGCUACCUCCUGGACCGCUAUGCCAAACAGAAAGGGCUGCCUCCACCUAUAUUUGACCUUGACGACGACUCAAUUGUCUACAAUGGGAAAACGUUCAGGUUACAGAACUUUGAGUCCACGCCCCCUACCUUUGAGGGUUUGGGGCCUAAGAAAGAACGCCUGGCACUGUAUAUCCUGAACACCCAGGGCCUGGUUCCUGAGCACGUGGAGACCCGCACACUGUACAGUAAGAGUCAGCCAGGUAUCGACCAGGGGAAAAUACAAAUGUGGGUGGAUAUCUUCCCCAAGAUGCUGGGGCCUCCUGGCCCCCGAGUCAACAUCAGCCCCAGGAAGCCAAAACGGUACGAAGUGCGCUGCAUCAUCUGGAGUACCUCCCAAGUGGACCUGGUUCGUGAGACCUUAAGUAGAGAGAAGAUGAGUGACAUCUACGUCAAAGGGUGGCUAUUUGGGCUAGAGAAGGACAUGCAGAAGACAGAUGUCCACUACCACUCCCUGACUGGGGCGGCCGUCUUCAACUGGAGGUUCAUCUUCACCAUGGACUACCUGGUCACAGAGCGUGUAUGCGUCCAAAGCCAGAAGGACUACAUAUGGAGCCUGGAUCCCACAUCGCAGAAGUUUCCAGCCCGGCUCAUCAUCCAGAUAUGGGACAAUGACCUCUUCUCCCCUGAUGACUUCUUAGGGGUCUUGGAGCUGGAUUUAACAGACAUGCCCCUUCCGGCUGAGAGCAGCAAGCAAUGUUCCCUCAAGAUGUUGGAAACUGACUCCAAAAGGCCCUCCAUGCAACAGAAGCGUUUCUCUCUCUUUAAGAAGACCAACGUAACUGGAUGGUGGCCUUGUCAGGUCCACGACGGUGACAAGUGGCGUUUGUCGGGUAAAGUGAAGAUGACCCUGGAGAUUCUGCCAGAGAGGGAGGCAUUAAUCAGGCCAGCCGGGCGAGGCCAAUCAGAACCCAACCAGUUCCCUACACUCCAUCCUCCCAUACGAAAUGACUCCUCUUUCUUGUGGUACCGGUCACCUAUUAAAAACUUCUGCUAUGUUUUCUGCAAACGCUACCGCUCCAAAAUCAUAUGCUUUUCGGUGAUACUGGCUUUAGGGAUUAUACUGUUCAACUUCGUCUAUUCGGCUCCGAACUAUUUGGCCAUGGCCUGGGUCAAACCUGAACUUCGGCUGAACCCCCCCAUUAAAAUUGUCAACCUCAUCGGCUCAGUAAACACCAGCAGGAUCAACUCUUCCAUCUUUAGCAUGGAGGGCUCGAAACUACGGCCUUUAAAAGACCAUGGACCGACAUUCCUCCAAGGAUCCAGGAGACAAAUGAGAGAUGUCAUCCCAGAGAUGCCAGCUCCACAAGGCUAG